AUGCCCUUCGUUCUUCGUUAUGCCGCCCCAACGCUCCAGAGGUUCAUUGACCAUGACUUAGAUGACCUGCCGUUUGUGUACGCUUACGUCGAUGACCCCUCAGUGGCCGCCCAGAAUGCUGAAGAACACAAAGAGCACAUGGCCUGGGCGUUCGACCAGCUCAACAAGUUUAGCGUUAUCAGUAACCCCCCUAUAUGCGUUCCUGGUGUACCUUUGCUCGAAUUCCUCAGCCAUCAUGUUGACUUUGAAGAUUUGCAUCCUCUGUCCUCCAAGGUUGAAGCAAUUCGUGAUUUCCCUCCACCAACCUUCGAGCGUCAGUUACAGCGUUUCCUCGGCAUGGUCAAUUUUUACCGUCGGUUCCUACCGAACUGUGCUGACCUUAUGCUGCCGCUCACCAAAAUGCUUUCUGGUCCUAAAGUCCCCAUCGAGCCGGCUGGUGAUACACUGACUGCUUUUGGGAGAAUCAAGAAUCCUCUUGCCAAAGUCACCUUGCUCACGCAUUCCGCUCCCGAAGCUCAGAUGUCCCUGAUGGUAGAUGCUCCGACCAUAGGCGUAGGUGCAGUCCUUCAACAACACCUUGCUAUUCCAACUUAGCCACUGGCCUUUCUCUCUCAAAAAAAACUCUUGCGAUGAGGACCCCCUACAGUACCUAUGGCCGUAAACUAGUUACCAUUUAGCUGACUGUGAAGCAUUUACGGAAUUUCGUUGAAGGUUAGAACUUCACCGUUCUCACGAACCAUAAGUCGUUGACUUUUGCCCUUCGUUCCCACCCCGACAAGUACAAUCCAAGAGAGAUCACUCACUUGGACUACAUCUCCCAGUUCACCACUGACAUCCGCUACAUUGAUGGAACGAAGAAUGAGAUGGCUGUCAUACCUUCCAGGCCCUCAAUAUCUUCCCUUCAACUCUCACACAGCAUCGACCUUGGCGUCACGGCGACUGUGCAGCGAGUCGGUUGUCCGGGCGACGCGUCAAUUAUUGGCCCUCGACCCGAAGACCAUCCUCUGAUUACAGGAACAGGUACCACACUUUUGACGUCUCGACUCCCUUUCAUCGUCCCUUCGUGCCUGUCUCGGUUCAUCGAGCAGUGUUUCAAACCCAGCAUUGAUUCUUCUACCAUGGGAUCCGAGCUUUUCAAAAGCUCCUCGCGGACAGGUUUGUCUGGCCUGACAUUAACAAGGACGUCAAAGCUUGGGCCGGGUCGUAUCUGACUUGCAAGCGGAACAAAGUGUGGAGUCACGUCAAGUCCCCGCCUGACAAUUUUCUCAUUCCCGACGCACAAUUCAGCCAUAUGCACCUGGAUCUCGUAGGCCCCUGCCUCCAUCCGAUGGCUAUACUCACAUUCUUUCCUACAUUGAUCGUUACAUCCGCCGGAAUGAAGUCACUUCCUUGUUGGCAGUGCAGCCUGGAACCGCAGUGAAGGAUUUCGUCAGUCGUUUGGUCGUCAUGUUUGGUGCCCCAUCCGUGAUUACGACUUAUCGUGCGACCCAGUGUGCGUCUCCACUCUUCCAAACGCUCCUCAGUUUUCUUGGCUGCACACUCAUUCGGACGACAAUCUUCCACCUAGCUGCAAACGGGAGGGUUGAGCGUUUCCAUCGCCAACAAAAGUCUGCCCAGCGUGCCGCAGAACAUUCAGGAAACUGGUCAGACAACAUUCCACUUGCACUCUUCUGCAUUAGCGCAGCUCUGAAGUUGGAAGUUGGCUGUGGUUCAGCUGAUUUGGCUUUCAGCACUACCCUCCGACUGCCAGGCCAGAUGGUCACUGCAAUCCUCGUGGCGCCGACGAGACCCAGACAAUUUUGUGCACCGUCUGCGGCAAUGUAUGCGCUCGCCGUCUCCGAUUCGACCUCGAAUUCCAGUGGCCGAGUCUUACGUCGAAAAGGCUUGGACAACUGCACCCAUGUGUUCGUCCGGUGUGAUCGUGUGCGUCAGCCGCUGGAAUCACCAUACGAAAGAGCGUUCCGCGUGCUCGCACUCAACACCAAACCUGCCGGACCCUUCGCGGCGACAAGGGGGAUGUGUUCAAUAUAGAUCAGGUCAAGGCUGCUGUCACAGAGGAGUUGCGGGGCAUACCUCAAGGACAGGACUGUGCCGACUCCCUAGCCCCUGAUCCUCACCAUUUCCAACCCUCUCCUACCCCGCUUUCCCCCACAGACUCCGACCCUAACUUUUCCAAUGCUAAUGUCCCUCGCACUGCUCGUGGUGGUCGUCGCGUCUACACUCCCGACCGCCUUAUCACUCAAGUGUACUGCAGCGUAUGCUGCACGAGCUGCCAGAACAUCAUGCCACAAACGCGUGACAAGUGAACAAUCAAGGUCAUGACCCCUGCUCAAAUCUUUGUGCUGAUUGGCCACCCAUCAGCCUAUGACAGUCCCCCUUGUCAUAUACCCGGCAGUUUCCACAAGCCUCCUCACUUGUGCCGUUUCUCGUACUCAGUACACGUUCUGUCUCCAAUUAACCUUCUGCUCUGCAUACUUACCAUUGACGGCGCAGCCUAACAGACAGGUCUUCAUUCCUGCCUACAUCGUUACCUUUCUGGCCAAAGAACACCCAGGAACCAUCAAAAGACUCGUGGCUGCAAUGGAGGAAGAUAUUUGAGGAUUAUAUUGAACUACUUCCGAUUUUGUCGCCCGCGAUUGUAUUAGAUAUCCUGUCUAAGUUGAAACUCCUCCGGAAGAAUCUCGGAGAGUUGGGACAAGGAUAUUUUGAUGUCCUCAAUCUACAAGAGGCUACAGAUCACCAAACGGCCUUUAUAAAACUCGAGUCAGCAUGGGGAGGGAAAGACAACGUCUUUCUCACUCGUUAUCGGUUUUGUCAAAUGCUUCAAGAAUUCAAUCAGUGUGUGAGGGAUUUUAUUAAUAAUCUGACUCUGGCCAUUCAGGACUGUAGGUAUAAUGAGAUCAAGGCAGACAAUUUCGAGCACGCAAUGCUCGUUCGGCAGUUGAUCGUCGGUCUGCGCGAUGAAAAAGCUCGGGAAAAUCGCUUGUCAGAUAAGAAGUAUUUGUCAUUGGAGAAAGCCUGUGAUAUCGCAGGACCUUCAGCAUCUGAGUCAUUCAAACGAUGGAGUGAUAUCAUACUUGGAAUCUUAAAUGGCCGUCUCCCUGGUCAACACUGCUGUGUCUUCAACUAGACAGCGAUCAUCACUUCCCUCUAAACAACUAUCAUCCUGCUACCGUUUUGGUCAGCAUCAUAUCCGGUGGUCAGAUUGUAGACACCAGAAAACGGUAUGCCAUUUUUGCAAGAAAAUCGGCCACAUCGAACGAGUGUGUUUCUCCAAAAGACGAGCGAAUAGUAACACGCAUGCGACCUACCCUAGUCCAGCUGGGAAUGGUGAGGCGAUACUCCGAAUGUUUCCGGCCAACGCUACUCUACAAUCGCCCUACACCACCACGCUUCCGGUUGAUCGCCAUCCCGUAAAGUUUGAAAUCAACACUGGUUCAGCUGUUACUUUCAUCAACGAGGCCGCUUUUAAUAAAUUGCCCUUAUUCCUUCCGGCUAGUUCAGCAUUCCUUAGUUACACUAGACAGGACUUAGAUGUUCGAGGGGUCUUUACAGCAGGAGUCCAGCAUUAGAAUGACUACAUUAUUUGCCGGUUAAUGUGGUGAGAGGAAGCCAGCAACCAAAUCCCCUCGGACGGAAUUGGAUUAAAUGUGUGCCUUCUGUACUUUCCUACGUACAUCUGACUGGUAUAAAUCCGGCUUAACAUUUCAUUUUGGUAGAUCAUAAGUAUCUAUUUCGUGACGAAUUUGCUACAUACUACAACGGUCUAUCUUUUAUGUUUCCGUUUCAGUCAGAGUCCCGGCCUCGGUUCUCCAGGGCUCGUACAGUUCCCUAUGCAUUCGCACCGAAGGUCGAAGAAGAGCUGGGUCGCCUACAGAUAGCGGCUAUUAUCGAGCCCGCGCACUAUUCGGAGUGGGCAGUCCCCAUAGUUCCUGUUCGUAAAUUCGAUGGUUCUUUGCGUAAAUGCGUAUCCGCCGACAAUCAACUCAACAACUAAACUGAACCCUUAUCCUUUGCCGCGCAUGGAGGAUCUGUACGCAUCCCUCUCAGGUGGUCAUUAAUUGACAGCUUUGGACCUGAAGCAUGCUUACAGCCAAGUCGUCCUAAAUACUGAAUUCCAAAACGCUACAAUCAUGAACACUCAUCAGGGUUUAUAUGGAUAUAAAAUACGACUAUUUGGAGUUAGUUCAGAUAUCGGUUUAUUUCAAUGCUUGAUUGAUAACCUUGUGAAGGAUAUACCUCACGCUUGCGCAUAUCUUGACGAUAUAUUAGUCACCGGCCCAUCUGAACUUAGUGUUAUAGAGACUCUAUACAUCGUGGUAGGAUGUUUAGAAGACGCAGGUUUUAAACUCAGAAAAGAUAAGUGCAUUUCUCUUGCCGACGCGGUAAAAUACCCGUACUUCAUGGUGGAUAAAACUGGCCUUCAUCCACUUGAACAUAAGCUCAAAGCCUUGAAGACGGCACCGCGUCCUGUCAAUACUAGUCAAUUGCGUUCAUUCCUGGGGUUUGUUACCCACUUUAGUCGCUUUAUGAGUCAAUCGGCUACAAUUCUAAAGCCUCUUUAUAAACUACUUGAAAAUAAUCCUCGCAGGAACUGGUCGGAGGUCGAACAAAGUGCUUUUGAACAGGCAAAGGCACCUCUUACCUCUUUAUCUGUCUCCUAUGAUCCCGAAAAGCCUAGCAUACUGAAAUUUGAUGCCUUUCCGUACGGCGUAGAUGAGGUUCUCAUGCACCGAAUGCCUUCUGGUGCGGAGAUCCGGAUUGCCUUUUCAUCAAUAACCUUGUCACAGGCGGAAACCAACUAUUCGCAUGUAGAUAAAAGUGCCUUAGCAAUAAUACUUGGCCGGCAUCGCUUUUAUCUGUAUCUUUUGGCCGACACUUCGAGAUUCACACUGGCCACAAAACCCUCUUAGGUUUGCUGGGCGAAAAACGAGAGGUAUGGCAAAUGUCCUCUCCGAGAAUUCAACGAUGGGCGCUCACUCUCUGCUUACAAAUAUGCAAUGAAAUACGUUACGGGUAGUGCAAACUUAAUGACUGAUGCCUUAAGUAGGCUUCCAAUUGUAGACGGUGGCAUUAACGGGACACCUGUUUUUGAGACCGAGAAUCUUUUGCAGAACCUAGUCAACGCACCCAUAACCUGCCAACAAAUUCGACGAUGGGCAUCGAGAGACCAUCUACUAAGUCGAGUAAAGGAGCCUUGCAAUCUGGCUAGCCGUCCCCUACUUCCCCUGAUUUUCAACCAUUCUUCUGCGUCAGAACGAGUUGAGUCUACAAGACAGAUGCAUACUAUGGGGGCGAUAGUGUAGCUGUGCCACCACGACGCCAACGGACCAUCCUCAGAGACCUGCAUAAUUCUCAUCCUGGUGGAGUUAGAAUGAAAGCUCUCGCCCGCAGCUAUAUUUGAUGGCCCAAAAUUGAUGCAGAUAUCGAAAAUGUGGUGAAAACAUGUCACGUGGGCUAAAUAACACACAAGACUUUAUCGAAGGUGCCUCUGAAGCCUUGGACCUGGCCCGACUCGCCGUAGAAGAGGGUACACGUCGAUUAUUUUGGGCCGUUCCAAGGCCAUAUGGUCCUGGUGGUGGUUGACGCCCACACUAAAUGGACUGAUGCGAUUACGACAGGAAAUUCAUGUUCUUCACUGACUACAAUCAACGAGUUGCGAAUUGUUUUUUCUACUUUUGGGAUACGCGAAACGGUCUUUUCCGACAAAGGCCCGGCCUUUACUAGUGCAGAAUUUAAAGGUUCCAUGGAGGAAAAUGGAAUAAGGCAUUUAGCUUGUGCUCUGUACCACGCUGCUUCUAAUGACCUCACAGAGCUUGCUGUCCAGACAAUAAUGCAUAGACUAGCCAAACAGACGGAAGCGGACUUGGCCACCAAGUUGUCACGCUUUUUGUUCGCCUAUCGACUCAGUCGGUUCUUCGCCUGCAGAACUGAUGUUCAAGCAGUAGUUACUCACACGGCUCGAUCAGCUUAAUCCAUUAACGCAUGAUGGAAUCAUUGUAAAGCAGACGAAGAUAAAAACACGAUAUGAUGUGAACACCUGGCCACGAGUCGUCGCGCCUAACGAAAGUGUCCACACGCGACUGGAACACGAAACGAACUGGUGUCCAGCGAUAAUUCGAACAAGUGAGGGGCAGAUAGUGAAAUUAGAGUAAGAAGACGGGAAAAUUGUGCGUCAAAAUCUGGACCAGGUUCGCAGCCGAACGGAUACAGUAAGCAGAGAAUUCGGAAAGUUCGAACUGCCAGCAACUUUUGAUAGGGAUCCUGACAUCGCGAGGACUAAACACCUACUGCCCACAGAGAGCGCUACGCCACCGACCGAGGCGUACGUUCUUCUUCUUCUUCUUCUUCUUCUUCUUCUUCUUCUUCUUCUUCUUCUUCUUCUUCUUCUUCUUCUUCCUCCUCCUCCUUCUCCUCCUCCUCCUCCUCCUCCUCCUCCUCCUCCUAUCCCGGCUAACUAUAAGAGCACCGGGUUCACUAAGCCUCGACGUCCUGACAGUCUACCGACCCCCGAGAAUUGA